AGGAGACCUAGCGAGACUCUGUUAAAAACAACAUCCACAAUUCCACUAACUCGUUAAACAGAGAGCCUGGAAACUGCCAACACUUCGGCAAGGAGAGACGAGCGAGAGAGAGAGGGAGAGAGGAGAGAAAAAGCAGGUUAUUUAUAACAUCAGGCAGCGUUAGGGUCUCUUCACUCUCCUCUGCAAACUGUCUGCUGUUAGGAGGUCACUCACAAAAAAAAAAAAAGAAAGAAAGAAACACUACCCUGCUGAGCCUGUGACCUGCAAGCACAAUAUUUGAUCAGGGAUCUGGGGCGGGCACCAACCCUGGCAAACUGAGAUGCACACACAUGCUCUUUAACACAAGGAGAUCAGGCAGAAGAGUGCUGAGGCUUUGGAAAAGACCCUCUUAGCCUGAUUCCUUGAUGUUCAACACAAUGCACUGGGUUGCUAUCCUGAUACUGGCUGGGAUCUGCGGGGUCUCACAGGCCCAGUAUUAUUAUGAGGACGAACUAUGGAUGCAGUAUUUACUUCGGCAAGCCCGGGUACCUUCUUAUAACUACGUGCCCUACUACGAGGAUGAGAGCCCCCCGUACUAUUAUGCUCCAGGGGAAAUGUCCGUAGCAGAACCCGCCCCUGAGCCUGUGCAGCCUGUUUCCAGGCAGUGCCCCCAAGAAUGCGACUGUCCACCCAACCUCCCCUCCGCGAUGUACUGUGACGGUCGCAACCUGAGGUAUCUUCCCUUCGUGCCUUCCAGGAUGAAGUAUGUCUACUUCCAGAACAACCAGAUCACCUCCAUCCAAGAGGCAGCAUUUGACAAUGCCACAAACCUGGAAUGGAUCGCGCUGCAUGGCAACCAGAUAAGCAGCGAGAAGAUGGGCAAGAAGAUCUUUGCCAAGCUCAAGAACCUGGAGAGGUUAUAUCUGAACAACAACAACCUGACCAAGAUGCCCGGCCCCCUGCCUAGGUCCCUGAGAGAGCUCCACCUGGCUUACAAUCAGAUCAGCAAGAUCCCAGCCAAUGCUCUGGAAGGCCUGGAGAACCUCACCGCUCUGUACCUCAGUCACAACUACAUCUAUGAAAUAGCAGCAUCCUUCAAGGGGUUAAAGUCCUUGAUCCUGGUUGAUUUGAGCUACAACCACCUCAGAAAGGUCCCAGAUGGUCUCCCGAUUGCUCUGGAACAGCUCUACCUAGAUUAUAACUACAUCAACACGAUCCCAGAUGAGUACUUCAAGGUGUCCCCCAAGCUGCUCUAUGUCCGCCUGGCCCACAACACCCUGACGAACGAGGGACUCGCUUCUAAUGCCUUCAACAGCAGCAGCAUUCUCGAGCUGGAUCUGUCUUACAACAGGUUCCAGAAGAUCCCCCGGGUUAGCACCCAACUCGAGAACCUCUACCUUCAAGGGAACCAAAUCAAUGAAUUCUCCAUCAGCAGCUUCUGCACAGUUGUGGAUGUCAUGAACUUUUCCAGGCUCCAGGUCUUGCGACUGGAUGGGAACGAGAUCCAGCGCAAUGCGAUGCCCCCAGAUGCACCACUCUGCCUGCGGCGGGCUAACGUCAUCGAGAUUUAACCCCAAGCCCUGGAUCCCUGGCCUCUCCCCUGUCCUCAGGGCAAUGCCACACCAGAUCCAGUGACCCAUGCUGGGGGAAGGCCUUCAGUCUCAUUUUAACGCUGCUUGAUGGUUUGAUUUGGCUUCUGCAAUAGCAUAAUAUGGGUGUCAAUAGCAGCCUACGCAGGGUUCCUCCCCUGCUUUGGAGGGUUGAUUCAUUGACUGCAUUCACUGGGUGCUGCCCCUUCUAGUCUAAUUGGGUGCCAUCAGUAUGGGGCGAGGUCUCCACUUUGUCCUGUAAAACCCCAAUGGUUCUCUUACUAACUGAACAACCAGUUCUCUUCGUUCUCAACCUUGUCUUUCUGCACCUGUCUCCCACUGGCACAACUGGGUUUUAUGGAGUAGGAUUCCUGGUGGCCCAUUUCAACACACCUUGGAAAGUUGGGUUCCAGCUGGGAUGGCUUUGGCGCUUAUGUUCUGCACAGGAGAGACUCUGAGAGGAUAGGAUUAAACCCUAUUUUAAGAAAAGGAGUAGUGCAGAAAAGCAGAACAGGGAAGCAAGGGUCAUCCACAGAGACAAUGAAAGUAUAAUCCCGUCAACUGCAAGUGAGAAUCAUCCCCACUGUUUUUAACAAUCCAGGCCCAGUCACCACUCCUCAUCUCAGCGACAUUGGUGCAAAAUCAGUAACCCCCGCUCCCCACCGUGGUGAAACUCGUAGGAUUAUAAAACCUUCCUGCUUCUGCACACAGGCCAGUGAUUUAACUGGUUGGUCUGGGGGAAAAAAAACUACCCUUAGAGAUAGGUCACACAAGAAUUGCCCAUGGAGGUUUCUUUCAUCUUCUUGAAGCAGCUAGUGCUGACCUUGAUCAGAAGCAGGAUACAGAAGUGGAUGGAAAUGCUGGGCUGAUCUGCUGAUCUGAUAUAAUCCUUCCUAUUGAAUGGUCCCCAUCAUCUUGCCUUAUUGCAUUUGAUAACACCCAUCACCCCGGCAUCUGCCUGUUUCUGUCACCAUGGGAAAUCAGCCCUUCAUCUCCUGUACUAACAUUUGAUUCACAGAUGCAAACACCCGUGGAGGGAAGGGCAGAAGAAGUGGACGUGGCUAAACAGCUGUGUUUGGCUGCAUCUAUGGAUGCUUGCUCUGUGGUUGUAGCUGUGUCGGUCUAAGAACAUAGGCAGGCAAGGUUUUUUGAGUAGAUGUGCUAUCUUUUAUUAGACUGAGUAGUUGAAAAAAAGUUAUGGAUGCUUGAAACAGCAUUAGCCAGGGACUCGGGGGUGCAUGUGGGUCCACAUCUUUCACAUCCCACCUUGUCCUGCAAGGGAUGUUUAUAGGAUAAAUCAGAGUCCCUACAGAAGAGAUUUUUCCCCUUCCCCUGGGGCAGAGAGGAAGCACGAGGCCACAGGAGCGUGCAUUUCCAGUUGCACCAAGUCAAAGGCUUCUGGCUCAAUAUAACAGACUCCUGCAAUCAAGGCAGCAAGAUGGCAGGUCUUAGGCAGGCGCUGGCUGGAAGCAUCGUUCCAUAAGUGUCCUUUCCCACAUCAACUCCAUUCAACAUAUUAGCUGGUAACAGGGGGAGACAGUGCUGUGGUUCUUGCUGGCAAGGAGAUGGUUUCUCAUUACUUUCUGCUCCACUGGACUCCAGCUUUACUAAUCACCGCUUUUAGCGCGUACAUCACAUUGUUCUUUCCAGCUGUCACUUGGCUGCAGGUAAAGAAUGCCACAGUUCAUGGGAGCAGCAUUCAGAGCCAGUUCCAACUAGAAAGCCACCUGCUUUGACACGAAAAUGCCAGGAGGGACUCACUGUAAUUCAGUGAAGCAGAGAUUUUACCACUCAGACAAACAGACUGACGCUCUGAAGCUGGGAGUGUCAGGCCUCUGGGUCUCCCCAUUCAGAUGCAGCAACUAAAUGAAAGGAGCUGCCCAAACUUGUCCUUAUUGCAAAAUCCCCCUGUUGCUUCCCAUGGUGGUGAUGUGCAUUCAUUAAGUAUUGCAGUGCCUGUCUGGCUGUAUCAUUGUUCGCUCUGAAUUUCUCCUGAGAAACCCCCCCAGGGCAGACAGGCAGAUCUAAGCACCCCUCAUCUGUGGUUCAAAACUCCCUUUCCCCCCGCGGAGAGAACCGGGGUCUCAUUGCAAAAGGACUUGUGGUGGUGAAUUUGAACUGCCAGGCACGGUUUACUGGACAUGUUAGUGAGAGAACAAGGGGUUGGGGAGCUUCCUGGGGAAAAUGGGAAGCUCAUUAAAGGGAAGUCAUCGAUACCCUCUGCAUUUAAACUGCAUGCUAACAAUAUAAAAUAAACCUGUACUAUCAUCAAAGCAUGAGCUGUAAUUAUCAUACUGAGCAAUAAAACCCUUUCUAUAAUUGCAUGAUAUGUGUUCGAGGAAU